AUGUUUCCAGUAAGAUACAAGAAAGACUUCAUCAACGACGACCAGGCCAUGGAGAACCUUAUGCAUUACAGUAAUCACUCCCAUGCCCUCUCGGUGUUGGGGAUGCUGAACGAGCAGCGUCUGAGGGGGCAAAUGUGUGAUGUGGAAGUGCACAACCAUAAUAUGAUGAGUGCUAAAGACCAGCUUCAGCUAACACAACUGGAGGACCAUCAUGAAGAGAUCGAUGAAGCGAUGUUCAGGGGGGAGCAGUACAGUGAGGUUCAUCUACACACCGAGAACGCUAGGGAUGAGAUUGAUUAUAAUCAGCCCAUUUACGAUUCUGAAGACUCUUCAUCAUUUGUGCCAGAAGACCUGAGCAUGAGCCAUCAUGGCAAGUUAGUGGUUAAAGAGGAGCCAAUAGAGGAGGAUGUGAGUGAGAGAGAAAAUGCAGAUACUGUCAAAGUUGUACCAGAUGAACCUGGUGUGUGGCCAUGUGAGAAAUGUGGAAACUUAUUCAGUUCUCGCAAAGACCUGGAGCGGCACCAGGAGCUGCUAUGCCACAUCAAGCCAUUCAUCUGCCACAUCUGCAACAAGGCCUUCAGGACCAACUUCCGCCUUUGGAGCCAUUUCCAGUCUCACAUGUCCGCUAAUGAACAAGGAGCCAAAGAGAUAGAAAGACAGCCUUCCCCUCUGUCCCCCUCUCCUCCUUUGACCCCUCAGAACUUUGAGUGUCCCCUUACUCAGGCCCAACCAGUGCCUGUUGCAUUGGUGAGCGAGGAGUCUGGCAGCCCAGAACCAAGUGGUUCAAUAAGCCAAAGUAGGAAAACAGAGUUUGAGCAGCCGCCUAAUAGUCCCAGCCCCAUACCCCAGGCUAAUAGCCUGGAGCAUCCAGCUGGUCCUCAGGAACCAGACACCCUCUUCUACCAUGCUCCCUCUCUCUCUGCGCUGACAUUCAAGAGACAGUACAUGUGUAAACUCUGCCACAGGACCUUCAAGACAGCCUUCAGUCUGUGGAGCCAUGAGCAGAGUCAUAACCACAUAUAA